AUGGGAAGUUCGAAGUUGCAGCGGUGUCUUGUUGUUCAGAUCAGACUGCGUAAUUCUUUCCCGGCAGAUACUUAUAGGCAGAACACGGACGACCUUACUUGCUUUGCUAAUAUCGUCUCGUAUUACCGGAGUUACGACAUCGACAAUUAUAAUGCAAAUAUCGCACGCUGUAUUAAGAUAUGUUCGCCGUGUAUUAGCAUAGAGGUCUCGAGUGAACGGAUCUAUUACAAUGCCACGGUGAGAAAGCUCGGUCGUGUCGUGUGCCGCUACCACGCUCGCGAUUGCGACACCGUAAUCGGCACCUUUACAUCGAGUUUUAAUGUUUAUAGGUCAUUAACGAAAUUAAACAGUCUGCUUCAUUAUGUCGCGUAUACGCACACAAUGAUAUUUUUGAUUAAGAAGCAGCGAGCGUACUCCGACACAUCCAAGGAACAGCCUGGCGCCACUAAUAUUUACGACAGCUUAAACGAUACUCGCAUACAAUAGUAAAAGAUUCUUAGAAAUGUUAAUGUCCUCGGUUACGUUUCAAAAAUUAAAAUACACAGUCAUACCUUAAAGA